GCCAAAUAGGAGAUCGGGAUCCGGACUCCUAUUUAUCCUCCCUUGGGCCCUUUUUUUGGUCUCGUUUUUGCCCUGCUGGGGUAGUGGUAGAAGGAUUCGGCGGGAUGGAACGCGGAGGCCGCCGGCCGACGGCGGAGGAGGUGAUCGCCAAGCUGAAGGACGAUGGAGAUUUCGAUGAACUCCGCCUCAAAAUCAUCCGCAAGGUCAAGGAGAAUGAGGAACUGCGCAAUAGCAUUGUUACAGAGGUUAAGCAAUCUGUAGUACUCAAUGAAGAGGGUUCUGAGAAAUUAAAACUAAGACAACUUUCAGAUGCUAUUUAUCAGGAGCUUGGGAGCAAAAUAAUGGGACAAAUUUCAGAUGAGGUGUGGAAGGUUAUCAAAUCGAAUGAGAGCGAGAUCAGAGGGACGGUGGAAUCAGUGUGUGAUAGAAUAGUGAAACCUGAAGAGAGGAAAGAAGAUUGCUCAUCUCCCCUUAAACAACAAUCAAGAAGUGGUAAAGAAGAUCAUGCGUCUCAAAUAACAGCUUCGACAUGUGAUUCAAAUGCUACUGAUAACGAACCACAGGAACCACCUGGAUUUCCUGUUGCUGAUCGGCAGGGCAGGAAAAGCAAUGAAGUGGAGCACAAGGACAUGCUUCAUGAUCAGAAAUCCAACAAAGAUGAUCUUCACUGCCCACAGCCUGUAGAUGAUGCUGUACCACCUGGCUUCGGUCCACAAAUUAAUGGGAUGGACCAACCAGAUGGUGGCAGUGAUGAGGACCCUGAUGUGCCUCCUGGUUUUGGUUGACAAGUAUCCAUAUUUAGGCUACUACAGUUUGUCACACCAUUUGCUAGUCCAUUUUGGAUGUUCAGAGCUAUCUCUCUAUCUGUCUAUGUGUGCAAGCACGCUCUUAUCUCUUAUUCAGUUAACAUGUGAUUGGAUAACCAUCUGUGGAUGUCUAGUUGUUGUACCCUUUUUGUGAAGAUGUCACUGCUAUGUUUGAACUAGAUUCUCUCUCAAGAGAGAGGUGAUAACCAAUGGGCCAAAGUUCU